AUGGCGCAGGCAAAUUGCUCAGAGACUGUGAAAGAGGCCGUCCAGGCCAACAAGGACCACCAACACGCCUUAAAAGUAUAUACCGAAAGACUCGAGGCAGAGCUUCACACUGUAGACAAACUCCUGGAAACUGCCGAUGCUGAUCUAGACGGCGAACCAGAUAUCGAUGUUGGAGGCUACGUCCUCAUCCCAGGCUCCGUCAAGGCAUCUGGACUCUUGACACCGAAUGAAUUGCUUUCAGAGAACUCUCCGUUCUAUGAGGAGGCUGCACGACGUAGUCGAUAUCUCAGCUUGACAGAGGUUCAUUCCAUGACCAAAAAGGACCUUGAAACUCUGAGGGAAGCUGUGAGGACCGAAAACUACCGCAUGCACGCUCUGGAUGCUCAAAGGAGAGGCAAUCCUGUUUUUGCAAGUUUGAGUGAUCAACCACAAAACUAUCUCGAGCUGAAUAAAGAGGGCCUUGAUUGGGAUCGCAUCGCAGAGAAGGUUUCUUCAGCAUCCAUGUAUACGCGUACACCAAGAGAGUGCGAGAUACGCUGGCUGGGCGAGCAGCACCCAGAUUUCAAUCAUGGUCCUUGGACAGAAGACGAAAUCACCAAACUCAAAGAAAUCGUCGCCGAAUACGGAGACGAACAAGUGGACUGGGAGGCAGUGGUGGAUAAACUCGGGACUAAACGAACGCCGCUGGACUGCAUGAUACAUGGCACGACGCGAAAGAUUCAUCUGUGGACCCCGGAGUCUGACGAGCUUCUGUUGAAAGCUGUUGCUACUUUUGGUCACGAUAACUGGUCUGUAGUUGCCUGUCAAGUCUCCGAAGAUGCUACCCCUGGCCAGUGCCAGAACCGCUAUCAACGCACUGUUGACCCUGCUCUAAAGCACAAAGCAUGGUCCGAUGAAGAGGACUCGCGUUUGCGUCUCGCAGUCCAAGCGCAUGGUACUUCCUGGGUGGAUGUCGCAUCGUUUGUGCCAGGUCGUCAUAAUGAUCAGUGUCGUGAUAGAUGGAAUGAUAUCCUUAACCCUACGGUAACCAAAGGGAAAUGGACCGAAGAAGAAGACCGGGAUCUUUUGGCCGUAGUACAGCGAAUAGGGAUUUCAAGCUGGAAGGAGAUCAGCAAUCAGCUGGGCAAUGGACGCACCGAUAGCAUGUGUCGAAACAGGUAUAAUACUCUCCAACGGCCAAAGCCAACCAAGAUGCAACCUCAAACAGCAACUUUCAGCGUAAUCGCUCAACCGUCGAUGGACAUCGCAGCAGAGUCUCGAAAGAGAAAAGCAUUAACCCCUGCUGACGAGUCCACGAAUGAAUUCGUGCCCUCUGAGGAUGCGCCAGAGCCUAGAACGGCAGGUAUACAUGUAACCACGCGGACGGCUGAUUCGGCCAUAAUGUUCCUUGAUCCGGUCAUCAGCGUCGAUCCUGAAACUCACAAGAAACGCACCCGAGAAGUUCUAGGGAUGGCCAGCAGCAAGACAUCGGCAAAGGCGAAGUCAAAGACAAAGAAUUCUGUCGCUACAACCACCCCCGAGGACGUUGGCGAUCCAUCUGCAUCUACCAAAAGAGGCGGAAGAAAGAAAAAAGCUCAUAUACAACCUGCAUCCGAAGAAAUGCCAGUCAAGAAGGCUCCCCGUCCUAGAGCCCGACCCAUCCGCACCAACAAGGAUGCCGCGCCUGGUACUAUGGUUUUGGAUUUAGGGCCUUCCAUCUCAGUGAACCACAGUGGGACUACAGAGAGCAACGGUCAAGCUGGGCCAAGCACUCUGAAUCCUGGAGGCCCUGAACUUGUGGUCCAGUGCUGUCAUGUUAGUGAAAUGGGCUUACGACCGCCGUCGCCGUCGCAUCGAAUGGGAUAGGUGCUCCUGAAUGUUGAGGUUUCAUAACGAUAUCUUUUUCUCCGUCCAAAAGUAUUCAUGAGCCUGAAAUGAUAC